UCUCAAAGGUCCACUGGUCAUGUGAAUGCUUUCAACUUGCACGUGGCGGCCCCACACACAUACAACACUCACGUACAAACGCAUACAAUGGAAGCUACCCUACCUCUCUCCCCUAAUCCCUCUUCUUCCAUCUCCAUUGAAGCUUCCUUCCUACCACCUCCCCAGUUGACCCCGUCCCCGUGCUUAUAAGAUACUCUCUCCCUGAUAAAUCUCUUCUCAUCUCCUUCACUCCCCUCUUAUACAAGCUCCGCUACUCCUUUUUUCUCUGCCCAUCACCUAUUCCGACUCCUUUUUCCGGCCGUUCUCCAACCGUGCGUAAUCGGCCACAUGGGUACCAACAAUUGCACCGACGCGUCGCCGGACUCGGUCGAGCCGGUAGGUGUCGUGAUCGAUGGCGAUGAGCCGAACACGGGGACGCUGUUGUUGCCGGAGAGGAUUCAGCAAGGGCGUCAUGAGGAACUGCAAAGGAUGGGAAGCGGCAGCAUCGUCGUCGAUCCUGAGCCGGAGGCGUUGGAGGGCGAAUCGAUGCCCUCGAUAAGGAAGCUCCCUUCUUCCCAAUACAAGGGCGUGGUGCCGCAGCCGAACGGCCGGUGGGGGGCGCAGAUAUACGAGAAGCACCAGCGCGUGUGGCUGGGGACGUUCAACAAGGAGGUCGAGGCUGCAAAGGCAUAUGAUAUAGCCGCCGUGAAGUUUAGGGGGAAGGAUGCCAUCACCAACUUCAAGCCCCUCGCCGAAGAUGACAUAGAGUUCAGGUUCCUCAACUCCCAUUCGAAGGUCGAAAUAGUGGACAUGCUCAGAAAACACACCUACUAUGAUGAAUUGAAUCAGAGCAAGAAGAACAGGCUGCUGCUGCUGUCGAGCGAUCACAUGGCGGAGAAAUUUAUGACGUUUGAUGUGUUGUCCGCGCGCAGCAUGGCCAGGGAGAGCUUCAGGCUCAGGGAAGAAGACAGUGAGUCAUUGUUUGAGAAGGCCGUCACGCCCAGCGAUGUCGGCAAGUUGAACAGGCUAGUGAUUCCCAAGCAGCAUGCUGAGAAAUACUUUCCCUUGGAGGAGGCAAACUCAAACACAUGCAAGGGCGUGCUCUUGAACUUCGAGGACGAAAACGGCAAGGUGUGGCGGUUCCGAUACUCCUACUGGAACAGCAGCCAGAGCUAUGUCCUCACCAAAGGAUGGAGCCGAUUCGUGAAGGAGAAGGGUCUCCGCGCCGGCGACUCGGUGAGCUUUGCUCGGUCCAACGGACAGGACCGGCAGCUUUUUAUCCGGUGGAAGGCGAAGACCGGCAUGGGGUCUGAUGUUGCGAACAUGGUGCAGCCGCAGACCAGAAGAGGGUGCUUCUUGUGGCCGACGGCGACCAGACCCCAGCCGGAUCGGGUGGUCCGCCUCUUUGGGGUUAACCUUCUAAAGACGCCGGCCCUUAGUGUGAAAAGGAAUGUCGACGAGCUGGAUCUGAUGAGCAGCACCGGUGAGUGCUACAAGAAGCAGUGCGUCAGGGCCUUGUAAUUCUUCCUCUACCUCAAGAGAAUUGUAUAAUGCUCAAAUCCUUUCCCUUCCGUAGUUCCUUUAGUCGAUAAAUUGCAGUAGAAUUAGGCUUUCUCUCUUCCCCCUACAAGGGUACUCCUUUUCUGUACAUAGUGAAUUUUUUUUCCCGAGAUAACAAAGAACGAUGAACAUGUUUUCAGUACUAUAUUAUAUAGUACUGCAAUAAAAAUGACGAUCCUUUUUAUA